AUGUUUGCUCCAAGAGUUCUGAGACCAGCUGCUCCCAGCAUUCGUCAAGCAACGAGCUUGUACCGCUCUGCUGCUGCUGUGAAAGCUCCCCUCAUCCGGUCAAAUGGCGGAUAUCAACCGGGAGUUGCAGCUCAGCGUUUCGUGUCGGCUUAUGGCUACACACAGGCCAAGGUGCUGGUGUAUCCAAAAUUUGGAGAGCCUAAGGACGUCCUACAACUACACAAGCAUUCCAUCGCACCACCAAGCGGAACACAAGUGAACCUCCGUCUUCUAGCAACUCCCCUAAAUCCAGCAGACAUCAAUCAGAUCCAGGGCGUUUACCCUGCCAAACCAACCUUCAACACCAUUCUAGGUACCUCCGACCCCGCGGCAGUCGGCGGAAAUGAGGGCGCAUUCCAAGUCAUCUCCACGGGGCCAGACGUCCAAAGCCUCACAAAGGGCGACUGGGUGGUCAUGAAACGCACGGGUCAGGGCACAUGGCGGACACAUGCUCAACUGGACGAAUCCCAGUUGAUCAAAGUUGACAAGGAGGGUCUGACCCCAUUGCAGGCUGGUACCGUCAGCGUCAACCCCGUCACGGCUUAUCGCAUGAUCAAAGACUUCUGCGACUGGGAUUGGAUGCGCAGCGGAGAGGAAUGGCUGAUCCAGAACGGCGCCAAUAGCGGCGUCGGUCGCGCAGCUAUUCAAUUGGCGCGCGAAUGGGGCAUCAAGACACUCAACGUUAUCCGACAAAGGGAGAACCCAGAGGAAACAGAGGCUCUGAAAAAGGACCUCCUCGAGCUAGGUGCGACAGCAGUCAUCACGGAGGCCGAGCUACUCUCGAAAGAAUUCCGGACCAUCGUCAAAGACCUAACCAACAACGGCAAACAGCCCAUUCGACUAGCACUGAAUUGCGUCGGAGGCGAAAAUGCCUCUGCCAUGGCCAAAGUGCUUGCCCCAGAUUCACACCUGGUCACCUAUGGCGCUAUGUCCAGGAAACCCGUGGCGUUACCGUCCGGACUCUUGAUUUUCAAAAACUUGGUCUUUGAUGGGUUUUGGGUCAGUAAAUGGGGGGAUAAGAAUCCCCAAUUGAAGGAAAAUACGAUCCGCGAUGUUUUUGACUUGACGCGUUCCGGCAAAUUCAAGGAUAUUCCGGUGCAAGAGGUGAAGUGGACAUAUGACAAGGACCAUAAGGAACUUGUGGAUGCUGUCCAAGACACGCUCUCAGGCUUUAGAGCCGGUAAAACAAUCCUUGUUUAUGAAGGUGAUGACUAA